AUGCCUGAGGCAAAAUUCGAUGUUGUCAGGAAGAUUCACAACUACAUACCUUUCUGUUUCAUUCGGGAGCUUUUCUUUCACUGGAGGGAUCCCGCGUUCAAGGAUGUGCAUAAGGUAUCGUCAAGGUAUCGUCAACGUCUGGUUUUCACGGUGCUCUGGGGCAAAUCAACUGUGCCACGGCCGAAGCUGGCAUUCUCGGACCCACAAAAACUGUCGACUCUGAAUGGGGUCGGUACGUACGAUAUCUGCGCAAAUGCAGUGGCCUAUGGUUGGAUUGGCACCCGUAUAACGCGUCCACUAGCCGAUUCUCAAGCUUUAAUGAUUGCGGGACAGGAGAUACGAUCAGGGAUCCCACUGAAUGCCAAGAAAUAG